ACACGCUUUAAGGGUUUCUCGUCUUUCUCUCUUUCCUUCCCGUUAAGCGGCAGUGGCCAUGGGAGGAGGAAGCGAGCAGCAGUCGAGCUGGUACCAAAAGCUCCGGGGGACAGCGGCGGGCAAGAGAGAUGGAGCUGGCGCUAGCAACAGCAGCAGCGGCGGCGGCGGAGGGGGCUACGAUUUGACGGUGAGGGGAUCAGUCGCCGCCGAGAAGAAUGCCACCACUAGAGCGCCCAAAUCUGGAGCAGCAUUGCCCCAGAGGAUGGGUGUCUCGGACAAAGAUAAGGAGAUUAGCAGUAGCUCUAGCGCAGCAGCAGGGUCUCUGAUAGAGAACCAUCUCAGGAGCAGGAAGGAGCCUCCCUGGGACCAGGAUUUCUCCUCAAUGUCUAGCUGCCGCAGUGAUCUCGACGGGAAUAAUCCAGGGCGGCGAUCAUCCAACAAGGGCGGCGAGGAGGAAGAUCACGACGCUCUUCCCCCUUUGCUCAGGAAUCCUCAUAUCGCGGAAUUUGACAUCGUGGAGGCGUGCUCCACUUCUUCUUCCGACUGCUGCUCCGAUCCAGGGGGAGAGAAUGGGGAGGAGGAAGAGGGCGAUUGCGAUCUCGACCUGGCCGGCUCAUGCAGCGGCCACGGCGGUGGCUGGGCGAGAAAGAGGAGGAAUCACAACGACAACAGCUUCUCUGCAUGCUUGCCGUCGGAGAUCAAGGGGGUGGUGGCGGACAGCAUCCCGCUGGUGAAGUACUCCCACAAUCCCUACCAGGACUUCCGGGACUCGAUGCUGGAGAUGAUCCGGGAGAAGGGUCUCCAGCAGUGGUGCGAUCUCGAGGAGCUCUUGUUCUGCUACUUGAGCUUGAAUUCGCCCGAGCACCACGAGGUGAUCAAGCAGUCCUUUUCGGAUGUUUGGCAGGAUCUGGGAUCGUCAUCGGCUCGACUAGUUGGUCUUGGAGAGGAGGAUUGAAAAGCCACCCCCAAAGGUGAUCUCUGCUUUUCGUGACCGGACAGAUGCGAUGCGAGAAAAAAGGAGGCGAGUGCGCAGCGAGCUGAGCUAGAGCGGCAUUAGCAAGCAAGCAAGCACGCAAGGUACCUCUUUUCUUCCAUCCCUGGGCCGGGAACAGAGAGGAAGAAAAGGAGAAAAGUUUCGUGGAGAAGCGUUCUUAAAUGGUGCCAGAGCGAGCAGCGGCGCAGUCCGUCCGUCCGUGGUGGCCAAGAGAAAAGAAGAAAGGAAAAGUUGGAACUGGCACAUAGCAGCAGGCAGCCAACCAAGCGAGCUCUCCAUCAAUUCGGGUGCGCCAUUUGCGACGAAAAGCUAGCGAGCAAAGAAGAGAUCGAUCGAUCGAUCAACCCGAUCAAAGAAGCAGCUCUUUCGACUGGAACGGGGUAACCACAGCAGCGGUGGCGAUCACUCGCUCUCAGCGACAGUUUCGUCUCGUUGCUUUGGAAUCUGGACACGCAGCCACUUUGAUCCAUCCGGGGAGGGAGCAUUCAUAGCCGUGAAAGCGAAAAGGGGGUGAAGUGAUCUCUCAAGCUGGUUGCUGCUGACCAGUGGAGGCGAGUGUACUCUCAUCUAUUGCGCUACAGUAUAGUACACAGGACUUGUGCCCAGUGUCUACUCGCCUCCCUCGCAGCACUCACUCAAGUCAUGCUUUUUCCUUUCGAUUCUUUUCUCUGUGCUGCUGUGACUGUGAGCCAUGGCGGAGGCAUUCAUUAAAAUCUCUGCGCGCUCUCGACGGCGACCGAGUGAGUGAGAGCUCGACGGCGACAUUGGCGGAGAGAUGAAAGCAACGUUUUGAUGGACAGUAGCUAUAGCUGCGCUGCCACUCUGCGGGAGUUCUCUCCAGAGGGAAGCGAGAGAUCUCCUUUAAGGCGUCCGUAUUAAUACGAUAUACUAUCUCGCCACCUACGCUUGGCAGCGCGGGAAACCGCCGGGCGUUUGAAAAGAAAGGGAAAGGACCAGCUUGCUACCUUUUUUCUUGAUUGUAUAAACAAAGUGCUGGGCAGGUUCUCGAGA